UGGUUUUCUCUGACUGACAGACAUUUUCCUUUGUGCAAUUUCUUUCGGGUCGCUCACAAAAAUCCCGUUAUUUUGCUUUUGUAAUUCAUCUAACAAAGGCAUUAACUACAUUUGCGACAGUAGCCCGCAGUUAGUAGAUUAACAGUAAAAAAUUGUUACUCCUAGUUCAGUGACACCGUUUUACAAAUUUAUUUUAUUUUGAUCUUUUCAAAAUUUAUCGAUUUUAAGACGUUGUGAGAUAACAUAAUUAUUUUAAUGCUGUUUAUUUGUUAGUGUGCGGAAGUAGCGGGCGCACAAGCAGCAAGAUUUUCGUGUCACAGUUCAACCCAAGAGUGAGCCGUGUCUUGGGGGAAAAGCACCCCGGGCACUACGGUGGCCCCAGAUACACCGGCACCAGCGCCCCAGCCUCCAGGGGUGCUGGAAAUGACGGGCGCGGACAAUAUACGGUUCAGUGGGCACACGCUCGACAAGGCCACCAAGGCUAAAGUCACUCUAGAGAAUUUCUAUUCAAAUCUCAUAACCCAACAUUAUGAGAGGAAACAAAGGUUGGAGAAACUUGAAGAGUCGCUCAAAGAUGAAAGCCUCACCGAAAGUCAAAAACAAGAGAAGCGACAGCAACAUGCACAGAAGGAGACUGAGUUCUUGAGGCUUAAGAGAUCUAGGCUUGGAGUGGAAGACUUCGAACCACUCAAGGUGAUAGGAAGAGGUGCCUUUGGAGAAGUGCGGCUUGUGCAAAAGAAGGACACUGGUCAUGUGUACGCUAUGAAAAUUCUUAGGAAGGCUGAUAUGUUGGAAAAAGAACAGGUUGCCCAUGUGCGAGCAGAACGUGAUAUCCUUGUAGAGGCUGACCACCAGUGGGUUGUUAAGAUGUAUUACAGUUUUCAAGAUCCCAUGAAUCUGUACCUCAUCAUGGAAUUUUUGCCUGGUGGCGACAUGAUGACUUUGCUCAUGAAGAAAGAUACGUUAAGUGAAGAAUGCGCGCAGUUUUACGUCGCAGAAACAGCAUUGGCUAUCGACAGUAUACAUAAACUUGGUUUUAUUCACAGAGAUAUAAAGCCUGACAACUUACUACUAGAUGCACGUGGACACAUCAAAUUGAGUGAUUUCGGUCUCUGCACUGGGUUAAAGAAGAGCCAUCGCACUGAUUUUUACCGCGACCUGUCUCGCGCCACACCUUCUGAUUUUAUAUUGUCUGCAGUAUCGACGUCAUCGUCUGCAAUGGACUCGAAGAGACGCGCAGAGUCGUGGAAGCGCAACAGGCGGGCGUUAGCUUACUCCACGGUGGGCACACCCGACUAUAUCGCACCAGAAGUGUUCCUUCAGACAGGCUACGGACCGCAAGCCGAUUGGUGGAGCCUGGGAGUUAUUAUGUAUGAAAUGUUGAUUGGUUACCCGCCGUUCUGCUCGGAGUCGCCGCAGGAGACGUACCGCAAGGUGAUGUCCUGGCGGGAGUCGCUCACCUUCCCGCCGGAGAUACCCAUCAGCGAGGAAGCCCGCGAGACCAUCCUGCGCUUCUGCUCCGAACCAGACCGCAGACUGGGGUCGCAGCGCGGCAUAGAGGACGUGAAGUCGGUGUCGUUCUUCCGCGGCGUGGACUGGUCGCACGUGCGCGAGCGUCCCGCCGCUAUCUCCGUCGAGGUGCGCUCCAUCGACGACACCUCCAAUUUCGACGACUUCCCCGACGUCAAGCUAGAAAUACCGUCAGCCCCGAUCACACAAGACGGCGAGGUAGCGUACAAAGACUGGGUAUUCAUCAACUACACUUUCAAGAGAUUCGAAGGGCUCACCCAGCGCGGCACGCCUACCAAAAAGUGAAUCGAUGUGGCUCCUGUAUGGCUCCUCAACAGGCCUGUAUUUCCUAAGAUAAAUUAACAUUAUGAAAGAUUUCCUCUAUUUUCUUAUCAAAUAAUCUUGACCAGGAAGAGUAUUAGGUAGGAGAUGUUUUGAAAAGUAAUAAUUAUGUAAUUGUAGACUGCAGUUUAACACCUUAGUAUUCGAUUUAUGGCAUUCGCACCUGUCGUUAGGGUGAUUUUCGAUAUGUAAAAUAUAAUCUUGUAUGGUUUACAUUUGUGAAUUUAGAUCACAUGCAACUUUGUGUAUUGUAUUCAUGAUGUUAAUUUACCCUGGUCGUAAUAACUUCUAGGUUUUUAAGGGGCCACUCGCCUCUGACAGUAAUGUUAUUGUGUAAUAGUAAAAAAGGGGCGAAAAAGAAAUAUUGACCUACGAACAAAGUCGCUCAUGUUAUCAAAGGGCUCACGACGAGCACACUCCUAGGACUCCAUUGCCUUUUAACCUAUGCGGUGUACGGUGCAACGACCAUUUGCGAGGAAUUGUUCAGCAAUCAAGUGUACUACUCGUGCUAUUGCGGCUAUGUGUUAUUUAUUCAAAGUAUUGCACUUGAUAUGCUUCAGGUUGUAACAAAAAUCAAAAUGUAAAGUAACGGUGCUUUAAACAUUCAAGCAAUACAUUAUAUAAGAUAUUGUAAAGUUUAAUGUGUAUACUUUGAGCCCCAGAUUAGCAGUAGCAGUGGCGUCCUGUGUUGCCGGUACUGCUUUAGGCAAUUGUCCCACCGCCGACGAGCGAGCCACAGAUCAACUAUAGUCUCGCUUAACAAACGUACACUGAAUCAGCAGUGUAAAUAAAUAAGAUACACAUAUGAACAGUUGGCUGCUAAGUUAGCCACUAUUUUAUUGCAGGAGCUGUCAAAAAAUGACUAGUUCGGUGACGCUCUUUUAGCAAUGAACGGACUCGACCCCUAGAUUCUAGUUCAACUCACCACUCACCAAUCGUCGGCGUUGGGACAAGUGCCUUAUGCCUAAGUUCAAAUGAUCAAAAGUCAAAACUGUUUGUUAGAUGAUUUUAGUUUCUUUAGUGUCGCACUUUUGCAACGAUCAAGCUGUAUAAUCUUACGUUUUGUAAUUUGGGUUUUUGCUUUCGAUUAUUUUUGGCGAGGUAUGAAAUAGAUGGGAAUUCAACAUACAGUAAUAAACCUACAGAAAUUAAAAAGUGCAAUGAAUUAUUAACAUUUAUUUUUGUGUGUAUUUGAAGGCUACAUAGGUAUAUUAAACUAUACAAAAAUAGGCGCAAGAUUUGGAAACCCUCGUGAUAUAUUUAACCUGUUAAGGGCGGUUGGCAAUGCGAUUUAUUUUUAAUUUGCUUCUUAUUUUAAAUGAUAUUGUAAGAAUUGCUGUUAUGUGCUUCUGCUUUUUAUUUUUUAAAUAACUUUAAUUUUGCGUUUCAUUAAUUAAUUAUAUUCUUGAACACAACAUAUAUAUAUUCUGUUUGUGUAGCACAGCACUCGGCAAAAGUUUGAUGCAUUGUUAUAAAAAGAAAAUCAAAUGUCCUAGACGUGCUUUUAUUUUAAUGAAGAAUGAAAUUGGAUAUUGCGAGCGAUAUUAUGUUCGACGUCGGUAUUCCGUACUAUGUCAAGUCAAUUACACAUUCUAAAGAUGUAGUCAACGACUUAGCAAGAACACGUUAAGCUGAGCUUGCGGGCCGCCCCUAUUAUUUCACUGACGUCAUAAAUAUAAUCAACGUUUUAUUUAAAUCAGAAAUGCUUGUUUGACCUUUGUUUACAGAGUCACCUUAUAUACCUGUUUUUCUGAUACACCAAAGACGAGAUAAUAUAAUAAAUAUUUAAACGUACUCAAAUUUAAUCAUGUAUUAUAAAAUGUAAUAUCUGCUAAAUAAGUUCAAUUCGUGUAUAUUAGCAUUCCGUCCAGUAUUGUGUUACUGCAGAUUACAGGUUAUUUAUUAUAAUUUGAAUAGAAUUGUUGGUCUGAGAAAGAUAAUCAAGCAUUUCUGAUUACGUUAUAUGUUGCAAUUCCUUAGCACUUUCUAGUAGCAACUAUUCUUAUGUCAUACCAGGUGCCAAAGGAGAUCUUCGUUGAUCUUGUAUGCUGGUAAUAUGUAGAUAAACAGAACUUGUAAGCCUGUAACGAUAUUUAUUACUGUCGACGAGAGUUUCACGUGACAUUUCAUUGGAAGAAACAAUGAAAGAUGCAUUUGGCAUUAUAACAAUUGAAUUACAUAUACACUCCACAUAAGUCAUUAAAUGAAUUGUUUUCCAUUGCGGAAGUCUUUUAUAUACGCAUUGUGUAGCUUUGACCCUAGAAACCGUAGGAAAGACUCAUGUUUUUCUCACUCCCGUAGAGGAUAAAAUCUUUGUAAAAGGAUAAAAGUUUUUGAGCGAUGAAUAAAGUGAAAGGCAGACACGUAAUACCUUAGUUACAUUUCGGUUGCCUGAUUUUGGUGGAAAGUUCUCAGCGGUAGAUCUUGCCGGUAGCUUAAGUACAAAGUUUGUGUAGUGUUUAGUAUUGGCCGGUGGUGGUGUUCUAAAAUCUGAUGUGGGUUUUGACAUUACAGGUUGCGAACCAGUAAUGGUAUGAAGAUUGCCCGAUUUUACUUAUGCUAUACGUAAAACGUUUACGUGUAGGUUUGGACUUUAAGUUUCCAUAAUCACUGAAUCUUCAGUGCCAAUCAAAAAACAGUGACAAAAUGCCCCCAGCGGUGUAGCACUUUCUUACUUAUCUUAAAUAGAUGUCCUUGGUAGGCAUUAUUUAAUUGUAUAGAAAAAUAGUUGUGUCCACCAGAAGUUGCCUUAUAAUAAUGUAUGAAAAGGCAAAGAUUGUAACCAGAAAAUGUUUUGUUAGCAGAAAAUUGCAAAACAGAUUUCACCGGUUUCCUUAUCGAUAGCUUUCGUUCUCCAGCUGAGCUGUACUUCGAUUUAGCUUAAUUACGCAUUUUUUAUUUUUAAAACUAGUGAAAUGUUCACUUUUUGAAGGGCUUUCAUUGAGUGAGAUACAGAAGUGCUACAAUACUGGAAUCAGGGUCCAUAUUAACAUGGUCAUUGUUCAUGCUCCCGUUUCUAAAGUUAUUGUAACGGUGUCGAUUUCGACAAAUAUUUCUUAUAUUUAUUUUAGCUACUUUCAAUUUGUAAUUUAUUUCUCCGAAAAGGAAAGAAACGGGAAGUCGUCAGCCUAGAACAGUAAGAAACGAAGGUAGGCAGAUUCGAAAAAAAAACUCCUUUUGACAUUUGUGCAACGAAUACAUUAUUUUAUUCCAAUUCUCGAAAUUUUACUUUUCGGAGCUUUACAUUUAUUAGUUAAAAUAAUUUUAAGGAUUCAGCAACAAUAAUUUCGUGAGCCAUCACUACGUAAUAUUGUGAACUUGUACAAACGUUAUAUAUAUAUAUAUCUGUUUCACAUCAGUCUAGUUGUACGCUCGUUCUUAGUAUAACACUUGAAUAAUAUCGGAAGGAUCGCUGAAAUAUAGUUGUGGAGUUUACGAGAGCUUGCAGCGAACGUUAUUCAAAUGAAUCCUUAGCGAUAAUGGUGUUGUAUAAUUUUAAGUUACUUUAACUACUGUUUCACAAUGUAUUAUUUUGGUUCAGUUUGUAUAAGACUAAUCAGUGUUAAUUUAAGUAAAUUAUUUUGGGUCUAUUUAGAUGUGUGCCAUAAGGCAUUUACUUUCUGCCUUCACGCAAAAUAAACAGCAUUCGGUACAGUUAGGCGUUCCAGCACAUUGCGACCCUUAUUCAUAACAUUGCAUUUGCCUUAUUCAUUACCAUUCUAAUAACGCUCAUCCAACUUAACUGUAUUGAUUGAUCAUUUAGCGACGGAAACAUGCACUAGUCUGAAUAGACCUUUAGCAAUGUAGUGUUAAACUUUUAUCAGAUUCUAAAUCUUGUCUUGUAAUAUUUAGGUUUCUUUUUAUUCCGAUGUUAACUGUACUAAAAACAUAUCACAGAUAAACACGUAACUCACAGACGAUAGGUAACAUAAUCACUCUUCUUUUGAAACUGGUUGAAUUGAACAGUUGUCGUAGGUGUAAACAGAGAUGGGCUCGCUGCAGAUAUUCUUAUUAGUUGUAAGGUAAGCAGUUGUUGAUCAGCAUCGUAUAGCGAUAUGAGCGUCAUACAAGUAGCGCCACGCGGCACGCGAGUGCACCACACGAGGCCUGCUCCGCUCUGAACGUCUACUUACUUGUGAUGAGACCUUGCAUGAAUUUCCUAUAUUGCACUUAUAUUAAUUACCGUGUUGUUUUUAAUUAUAUACAAUGCUCCAUUGAAUAGCUUACUAUUUAAUUGAAAUUAGCAAUUGCUUUGUUAUUGUUAUUAAAAAUAAAAAUGAAUUAUUUAAUUUCGUAAAUUGUAAGUUUUGAAGUAUUUUGUUUAAUACUUAUUGUUUCUUCCACGUGAUUUUAGAAAGUGGCAAUACAAAUAAGCAUUAAAGCUAUCUGCAAUUUGA